AUGGUCGGAAUCACGGAUCAUUUGCUGUCGGAAUCGAUUCAUCUCUCUCCUCCCAUCUCAACCACAGAUGAAAAGCCUUCUACCUCGGAGUUGAUUGUAGAAAUACCGACCAUUGUAGAAGUAGAAGAAGCAGACGAGGUAAUUACAGCCCUGGAAUCUCAAGUGAGCGAGAUCUUCACAUCAGCACCAUCUUCCAUUGAAGAACUACGCUCUUCGUCGGAACCUACCACCUCAUCUUCGCUUGUUGUGCCUGAUGUGAUUAUUAAUUUCAACGCUACGGACUUGAACAACUUGGUUAACGUUAAUAACUCUAACUCGACGGAAGACUUGUUCUUGUCGUUUGAAGAAUGGAAAAGGAUUAAAGAGGAAGACGCUGCUUCCGAAUCUACCACAACUACAUACACAUCGGCUUCCUCUUCGGCGGAGAGUGACCACGAGAGAUUUCCCACGGAGCCCUCGUCAUCUUCUUCCUCAUCAGCAUCUUCUAAUACUUCUGCGACAGUUUUGCCAUCAGUGUCUGAUUCUGCCCCGCUACUGAAUCCCCACUCGCCUCAGACAGAUUCUCCACUGUCGACGCUCUCCUCAUCGGACUCCACAUCGUUGUCACCACAGCUAUCGUCCUUACUUCUGGUACUAGACUAUACUGAAAGUUCAUCGGAGGACUCAAAAUUUUCACCUUCAUCCUCGUCCUCCACCUAUACUCUAGAAACCGAAUUAGAAAUUGAGGAGUCUACUAGUUCAAUGGCUUCUUCAAGUUCAUCUACUUCAACAGAAUCUGCCUCACCAGUGGCUACUUCAUCUACCCUGUCUAUUGUCAGUUUGGAAUCUUCGCAGGUUCCUGAAGCAGAUGAUGCUUUUGAAAUUGAUCUGGGAAAGGUCUACAAGGAUAAGUUCAAUUAUGCAUCUAGCGACUGUGCUGCUACUAUCGUCAAAACGAACAACAAUGCCAAGGGAGCUUCGGCGAUCUUGGUCGAAAAUAAGGAUACAUAUCUCCUAAAUCAAUGUUCCAUAUUAAAUAAGUUCGUGGUCAUAGAGCUCUGUCAAGAUAUAUUAGUAGACUCGGUUGUUUUGGGAAACUUUGAAUUCUUUUCAUCAAUGUUUAAGAAUAUUAAAUUCAGUGUUUCCGAUAGAUUCCCUACACAGUCUUGGGAAGUAUUGGGUCACUUUGAAGCUCAAAACAUAAGAGAUCUUCAAACCUUUAGCAUUGAAAAUCCAUUGAUUUGGUCAAGGUACUUAAAAAUAGAAAUCUUAUCGCACUACGGUGAUGAAUUUUACUGUCCGUUAUCAGUUGUGAGGGUUCACGGUAAGACGAUGAUGGAGGAAUUCAAAAUGGCCGAAGAAGAAGAACAGCAGCAACUACAACAGCUUCAGCUACAGAAACAAAGAGAGCUACAGGAGCAAGAAGAAGUUCAAAGGUUACAACAGGAACAGCAUGAACUUGAGCUCAAUGUAGAGCAAUUCAGAAAUAUUCUGACUCCGAACACUAGUGAAGAAUGUGCUGUAGUACUUCCUCAUUUGGGGUUGAUCGAAUUUCUAAAUGACGUAAAUACAACUGAAAUCGAAGACUUUUGCUAUGCCUUGGAGAACGAAACGGUAGUAUCGUCACCGCUGCUGGGAACAGAAGUUUCAUCUUCAACACAGUCUCCUGUGUCACCUUCUUCCUCUGCAUCAACUUCAGCUUCAAUAGAGGUGAAGACAACUCAGGAAUCCAUUUACAAAAACAUAAUGAAGAGGUUAUCCCUAUUAGAGGCGAAUGCAAGUAUAUCAUUGCUUUACAUUGAAGAGCAAAGUAAGCUACUUUCAACGGCAUUUUCUAAAUUAGAAAGACGACAGUCGACCAACUUCCAAUCCUUGAUAGAUAAUUUGAUUUCCACAAUGACAAAUCAGUUAAAUUUCUUUAGAGAUGCGUAUAUCAACACUCAACAUGAAACAUCUAAUGUCGUGAAGCAGAUAGAAAAGAAAAAUCUUAAUAUGUUAGAAGACAUGAGUAAUAAGAUCAUAGUAUUGGGUAAUGAACUAAGGUUCCAAAAGAGAUUAGCACUAUUCAAUUCAAUAAUAAUUCUUAUAUUGGUGGUAUACAUCAUUUUGGUCAAGGAAAUCUACAUAGCUCCGCAGGAAUCGGAGAAUCCCACUGCUCGACUGAAUGCUAAAAGGAUUCAUUUAACAAGAGAUGGUUUCAGUAGGUUAUCCACACAUAAGGAAUCUAAUCUGAAAAAGAAGAAGAAAUAUUAG